AUGACCUACCUAAAUCAUUAUAAUUUAAAAAAAUUUUUAAUUAUAUUAAAUAUAUCAAGCAUAAUAAGAUUAGUUUUGACAAUCUAAAAUUAAUUUUAGUAAAUUUAGUAUAAAUCAUUUAAGUUAAAAUUUAAUAAUCAAUAUCGCUAUUCUGCAAUUCCACUAACUCUGCUAAUUAAUUUUUUUUGUUAUUACAUUUUCUCAAUAUAAUUCUACUUUAAUGAUUGA